AUGAAUAAUAACAAUAAUAACAAAUACUAUAUAUUUCAAUCAUUAAUCAAUAAUGUAUAUUUAAGAAGAAGGAUAUUCUCAGCUGUGACUGUGAUACAUCGAAGAAAGAAUGCGUAUAAUGUGAAGAGGUGGAAACAGCUUGGUCUACGUGAUCUACUAUGUUAUGGCUAUCUAGAUGAGUUCAAACAAAGAUAUACUCAACAAGGCCAGAAAUUCACAGAGGAUGAGUUGGAGGAUGGUAUACCAAUUGCACCAGCGAUGCGUGGACAUCUACAUUGUUUGAAGUACCUGCUGGAGAAUCACGCCUCUCUGUUCACUGGCGAGGAGUUGGAGGGCACUUGCUUCAGUGGCAACCUUCAAACAGUCAAGUAUCUGAUGGAUAACGCACCUGGUCAGAGCACUGCCCUCUCACUCACCGUUGCCGCGACGGCAGGAGCACUGGACGUUGUCAAGUAUCUUCACAACAAUGUGACCAACCUCAAUACUCGUGGUGCGUUGGAUGCAGCCGCUCAUCGUGGUCAUCUAAAUGUCGUGAAGUACCUUCAUGACAAUAACAUUGCCGAUGGCGCUACACACGUCGCAAUGGAUCAAGCAGCCUCUGGAGGGUUCCUAGAGAUCGUCGAAUUCUUGCACAUGAAUCGCAGCGAAGGCGCAACCACCGCGGCAUUGGAUGGAGCUGCCUCGGGAGGACAUCUGGCCGUCAUAGACUUCUUGUUGACACAUCGCCAGGAAGGCGGAUCGCGUGCACUCGAGAUGGCCGUUAGACAAUGUACACCAACUCGUGAAGACUAUGCACAUCGCCGAGCUGUCCUGGAUCGAUUGCUAGCUGGUGGCUUUGCCUCUCCCGCGAACAUCGCGCUGAUCGACAUCGCAGCCACCAGUAACGACGCCGAACUCGUUCGAUUGCUUCAUGAGCGUGGUGAACGAGCUACUCGUGAGGCACUCAACAAAGCAUGUCGUUGGAGAAACAUGGAGAUGAUCAGAUUCCUCGUGGAAAACAGGUCGGAAGGAUGUAGUAUUCAAACAUUGAAUGAGUCGGCCAAGGUUGGAGACGUGGAGUUGAUUCAAUACCUUCAUAGUAGACUGCCCAGUGACAUUAGAUUCUUCAUUACACCCAACUCUGACCUGCAGGAUCAAAGUCUUUAUUUGGCUGCCACACGCAAUCACAUGCCAGUCGUCGAGUUCCUCUGGACAUAUCGUCGUCAUGAAUGUUCCGCUCAACUAUCCAAGACACUGGAAUAUUGCCAAACAAAGAAUAAUCCAAUCUAUCUCUAUUUAACUAAUCAACAAUAUCAACAACAACAACAACAA